AUGAAACCCCUUAUCAGCAAAAGAAAUUUAAACAAGCCAUCAACUAUCUCAACCCUUUUGACGGUUUCGAUCAUAUUUACCAUCAACUUAAUCUCAACUUUUUAUUCUCAUUCGACAACUGCCAAGAGACUAUCAUCAACUUCUCUGCUAAUCAGAUUACAUCGAGUCUCAAUCAAGAAAAGAUCGAUUCAAACAUAUCCUACUUCGAACCUAACUUCAAACAAAAUCUCAACUUCAGCUUCACAUCAAGUGCCAUUGCCAACGCCAGUGCCAGCGCCAUUGCCAUUGCCAAUCCCAAUUGAGCAUGAGCAACCUCCUGGAUCAAUACCUUAUCUCAAGCUUUACUCAGCACUCUCAAACACUCUGAAGCCUCUUGGUUUAUUUCUCUUGAUAUUUUGGUCACUCUUCUUAUUCGCUUUCGUCGGGAUCGUGGCCUCUGACUUCUUCUGUCCAAACCUAUCGACAAUUUCUUCGAGUUUAGGAUUACCGGAGUCUGUUGCUGGUGUUACGUUCCUUGGUCUCGGUAAUGGCGCUCCAGAUGUAUUUUCAACUUUCGCUGCAAUGAAAUCUGGAAAUGGCUCUUUAGCAAUUGGUGAACUGAUUGGCGCAGCUUCCUUUAUCGUCUCUGUCGUAGCUGGCUCAAUGGUACUCGCUUGUCCUUUCAGAGUCCCUCGACACUCUUUCUUGCGUGAUGUAGGCUUCUUCACAUUUGCCAUCGCCUUUGUGCUUUACAUCAUCCAUGACGGUCGAAUUGUGCGUUGGGAAGCUACUGCCCUCAUCAUACUUUAUGUUACUUAUGUCUUCGUUGUCGGAUUCGGUACUUGGUGGAUUGAACGUCAACAUAGGAGAAGAGAAUUGAUAAGAAAGGUUCGGAAUGAAUAUGCUGAUGAUGGCGAAGAAAUCGAACCUUAUCAAGAUGAUCCCGAUUUUCCCAUUCAACCGGGUGGAUAUUCGCCUGAGAGCGUCCUUCUGACGUCAACUACUCCUAUCGGUUCCCCGCGACCGAAUGGCUCCCCGCGUCUUCUUCCAAUUCCAGCCGAUUCUCCCAUCCUGAAUUUCUCCACCCAUCUCAAUGAUAAUCAAGAUGCGAUCUCAUCGCAUUCCGAAGAGUUUUUGACAGAAGCAACUUCUAAUCUCAAUCUUCCUAAUUUACAUAACCGUCGCAUGCGAGCUCCUUCACUCUCAUACAAAGCUCACCAACACGGUAUAGGUUUUUUAAGCCCUGUCUUUGCCAUCUCAAGACCUCCAAAUGAGCACCGUAUAACAGAUGUGGAAUACGGACAGACUCAUACAAGACGAAGAAGUAAACCGAUCAACAGUUCGCCUGCGAUUCGUUCAAGUAUCCUUGGUGCUAUCGAGUUUCGUGAUGUGGUUAACUCUCUCAACCGAGACUCGCGUGCCGAAUCUCUGGCUCAGUUUACCUCGCGACCAAGAUUAUCUGCUAGUAUUGGUCCAGCUCGACCAGCAAUCUCUGAUCCUAGUCUUGAAUUCAAUCGUAAACGAUCUGGUAGUCAUAGCUGUGCAUUUCCAAUACCUCUUAAUAGUUCUCCAUCUCUCGUAGUCUCUCAAUCACCUGUUUCGCCUCUCAGUCCUUCUAAUUUGCUCGAGCCAAACAAGAGUCCAACCGCAAAUCUGUCCUACGGUAGACGGAUGGGACAUCGCGCCUCACAGAGUGCUGCUGCCGGUACAAGUCUCUUCAAAUGGGGAAAUGAUUGGGCCCGAUCGCUACCUGCUCAAGCCUCUGAUGAUAUACCGCCCCCGAGUGGAUUCCCUUGGUUGGGAUUCAAUGGAACGGACUCGCCAACCCCAAAUAGAAGAGCAGUUGCGCAGAUAGAGGAUGUAGCUCAACAUACAACAAAUCGAGAAAGUCGAAUCCUUUCCCAAAGUACCAGACUAGGAGGGCUGGCAGAAGAAGGAGAUCUGAUAGAAGAUAGGACAUUGAACACUGGAUUGAUACCAUCGAUCAUGAUCAUUGGAGAGAGAGGAGACGCUAGGCAGCUACAUGAUCAAGAAUCGGCACCGUUAAUAAAGAAAGAGGUUCAAUAUUGGUGGCUGAUAUUGAAAGUCAUAUGUCCCUCUAUUCAAGAUUGGAAGUCAAAAAGUCAUGCUGGACGACUUGCAGCUAUCAUCUCUGCUCCAGGAAUUUUACUUUUAACGCUUACUAUACCAGUCGUACAAGAUAACUCUGAAGUGUAUGAUCAAGAUGAUCAAGAUGAAGAGGAAGCCGAAGGGCAACAAAUUAUGGUGAUCAAUUCCAAGAUGGAUGGAGAAGAAGAAGGUGAUGAAGGAAUUCCAUCAGAUGAAAGAAUCGCACAUUGGUUAUCGAUCAUCCAAUGUAACUUAUCACCCAUCUUAGUGAUUGUAACUCUCUUAUCAGAAGAAAGAUGGUACUAUUGGUGUACUUCGGUUAUGAUUGGAAUAAGUCUUUCGAUUUAUAUUUCUCAAAGAUUAGAUCAAACUGUAAAAGUUGUGUUAUGUUUUGUCGGAUUUGCGAUUUCAAUGGUUUGGAUUUUAACUAUUGUAAAUGAAGUGAUUGGGGUUUUGGAAACUAUUGGACAGAUCUUGGGAUUGAGUGACGCGGUUAUUGGGCUUACGAUUUUUGCGGUUGGAAAUUCAUUGGGAGAUUUAGUAGCUAAUGUCACAGUUGCUAGGAUGGGGUUUCCUGUUAUGGCUAUCUCUGCUUGUUUUGGAGGGCCAAUGUUAAAUGUCUUACUAGGGAUCGGAUUAUCCUCGACUUAUUUAAUUUCAAUCAAUGAUGGAAACCCGUAUGAAUUUAAAGAAAGUUCAAGAUUAUUGAUUUCAGGGAUUGGUUUAUUAAUUGUCUUAUUAAUCACUUUGAUUGUUGUACCUUUGAAUAAUUAUAAACUUUCAAAACCUUGGGGGAUCUUUUUAAUUGGUUCUUAUGUAUUUGGCAUGAUUAUUCAUUUGUUUUUUCAAUUAAUAAGUAACUAG